AUGUCAGUGUGUGUUGCCCUUCGGUCUUGGAGCAUGAGCCCAGUCUUGCUGCUCGCGAUGGUCGGGGCUGUCCAUGCGCAGCACUGCGACGGCAGUUCAGAUGUGAGUGACCUCAUGCAGCAUUCGGCGUUGGCCAAGGACAAAGAGGUCUCGUGGAACGAAUUCAUGCAGACUGCGAAGCAGAGCGAUCGUGAAAGCUCCAUGCCAAUAUUCAUGGCCAAGAUGGGCUUGGAUGCAGCUUUGACAAUGUUGAUGCGCCAGGUGCAUACGGUAGACAAGGCAGCCGCUAUGACAUAUGGCCAGCUAAAUGGCUUGGUUGCGCAUUCCUCGCACAAAGAGGCAGGUGCCGUGUUGCACCAGGCAGUGACUCCCCUGAAUCACCUUUUUGGUGAAAUUUCGAAGCAGCUGGACCAGGGAGGUCUGCAGACCAAGAUGGCGCUUGGAAUGGUAGGCCUGAGCGAUGCUAGCAAGGCCUACGACACCGCAGUGGGUAAGGCAAAAACGGUCCUCGAGUCCUUGAGUCAUGCCUGCACUGCGCUGUCUGGCAGUCAGCUGCAGCCAAGCUUGACCAAAUGCUCCAAGGAGAGUACGGCAUUCCAGCAUGCAUACCCGAAGAUCAUGCAGACAUUCUUGACGUCUCUUGGUGACGACCUUCUGGACAGCGUUGGAGACAAGCACGAGUUGGAGGGAUACAUUCAUGUAAAGGUGCCUCGUGUGAUGAAGAUCGUCGAGGCGAUGUGCACGAAGGUCCAGACAGUGCUGGCUGGAUCGAUGAAGGAUUUGUCCAAGCUAAAGCAGAGCUGA